GAUUAUUUUACAGAUGAAAACAGAGUACUGAAAAAGGACCCUCAGCAGGAUUACCAUCUGGAGUAUGCCAUGGAAAACAGUACACACACAAUAUUGGCUUUUAGCAGAGAGCUGCACACUUGUGACACAAAUGACAAGAGCAUAACGGAGAGCACAGUGCGGGUAAUAUGGGCCUACCACCACAAAGACUUGGGAGAAGCAGGUCAAAAUUACCAUGGAUCUAAUCGUGGUACAAAGAGUCUACGUUUGCUGAAUCCUGAGAAAGAAGAAGUCUUAUCUGCCUCUUUGCCAUACUUUGACUUGACAAACAAAGACGUGCCUGUACCAGACAAGGAUACAACAUAUUGGUGCCAAAUGUUUAAGAUUCCCAUACAACAUGAAAAGCAUCAUGUAACAAAGGUUGAACCAUUGAUCCAGAAAGGCCAUGAGAAUUUGGUGCACCAUAUUCUUCUCUACCAGUGCAGCAGCAAUUUGAAUGACAGUGUGCUGGACUACGGGCAUGAGUGUUACCACCCCAACAUGCCAGACUCUUUUCUCACAUGUGAGACAGUAAUUUUUGCUUGGGCCAUUGGAGGAGAGGGCUUCACCUAUCCUCCUCAUGUUGGCCUAUCCAUUGGCACAGCAGCUGACCCUCUCUUUGUUCUUAUGGAGGUGCAUUAUGACAAUCCAUCAUACACAGAAGGCUUGAUAGAUAACUCUGGUCUGAGGCUAAUAUAUACUCCAGUCUUAAGGAAAUACGAUGCUGGGGUUAUUGAAGCUGGUCUUUGGGUCAGCCUCUUCCACAAUAUCCCACCGGGCAUGCCUGAAUUUGUGUCAGAGGGUCACUGCACAUUGGAAUGUCUGGAAGAGGCUCUAGGUGCUGAGAGACCUGCUGGGAUUCAAGUGUUUGCAGUACUUCUUCAUGCUCAUCUUGCUGGCAGAGCUAUCAGGAUGCGCCACUUCCACAACGGCGAGGAGCAGAAGCUGCUUGCUUAUGAUGAUGAGUUUGAUUUCAACUUCCAGGAGUUUCAGUAUCUGAAAGAAGAAAGAACCAUCUUGCCA